AUAGUACCGCUUUUUUUUUGAGGAAGACGUGGUCGUAGGUGCUGAGGAUAUCUGCUCUGCACGCUCCUGCUCCUGACUCACCGCUGUUCGCUCUCGCCGAGGAACAAGUCGGUCAGGAAGCCGCGCAGCAGCCAUGGCUUUUAAGGAUACUGGAAAAACACCCGUGGAGCCGGAGGUGGCAAUUCACCGAAUUCGAAUCACCCUAACAAGCCGCACCGUAAAAUCCCUGGAAAAGGUGUGUGCUGACUUGAUCAGAGGCGCAAAAGAAAAGAAUCUCAAAGUGAAAGGACCAGUUCGAAUGCCUACCAAGACUUCGAGAAUCACUACAAGAAAAACUCCUUAUGGUGAAGGUUCUAAAACGUGGGAUCGUUUCCAGAUGAGAAUUCACAAGCGACUCAUUGACUUGCACAGUCCUUCGGAGAUUGUUAAGCAGAUUACUUCCAUCAGUAUUGAGCCAGGAGUUGAGGUGGAAGUCACCAUUGCAGAUGCUUAAGUCAACUAUUUUAAUAAAUUGAUUACCAGUU